AUGGCUCGCCGGGCCAGAAAUGGGAACGAACAGGUUGGUGGUUUCUGUGGGAGCAGCAGGCCUACGUCUGCUGUGUCGGGAGCAAGAUGGCAACCACCGGGAACAACAGAAACUGUGCGAGAGAGAUCCAAAUCUCCCGCUCCAGACCAGCCACUCAAACAGGGCACACGGGGACUGGGGCCAGUGGAUACCUUGCAGGGUAGAAGCAAAUCUCCUGCUCCAGACCAGUCACCCAAACAGGGCCUGCUUGGUUUGGGGCCAGUGGAUAGCUUGCGUGGUAGAUCGAAAUCUCCCGCCCCCGACCAGUCGCCCAAACAGGGCCUGCUUGGUUUGGGGCCGGUGGACAGUUUGCACGGUAGAUCCAAACCUUCCACCCCCGACCAGUCGCCCAAACAGGGCAUGCUUGGUUUGGGGCCAGUGGACAGUUUGCACGGUAGAUCCAAGCCUCCCGCUCCGGACAAGCCGUCCAAACAGGGCAUUCGCGGGCUAGGGCCAGUGGAUAGUCCAUCGGGUAGGUCCAAAUCUCCUGCUCCAGACCCAUUUGACAAUGGAAGGGUACCAGCACCCUGGGAGCAACCGUCAAGAUUUGGAGGUGGCGAUGCACCAUUUCCCCCAGGACCCAGCAGUCCGUCCAUGCCAGGCGGCCCUCUAGCCCCAUCGGCACCGAAAACCAUGCGUCCGGGGAGUGCUGCACGGACUAGGGAGGCCUCUGGCUCCGUGGGCCGCCCUGGGGGCGGCCCUUGGGCUCCUCCGCCGCCGAUGGCGCCGAUGGCCAUGAGCCCACCGUCACCGGAGGACUUCCGGGAAGAUUGGCUAGGUGAAGAAGGCUCGAUCGAGUCCUUGGAAGAAGUGAAGAAAAAGAAGGACAAGAAGGACAAAAAAGAAAAGAAGGAGAAGAAAAGCAAGAAAGAGAAAAAGGAGAAGAAAGAACAAAGAGAACAAAGAGAGCAAAGAGAACAAAGAGAGCAAAGAGAGAGAGAAGAGGAGGAGAAGAGGUUGCAAAAAGAGAUGGAAGACGAGAAAAGGGCUCGCAAAGAGAGGAAAAAAGAGGAGAAGAGGUUGCAAAAGAAAAGAGAAAAGGAGGAAAAACAAAAGGCUGAAGUCCACAAAAAGGAGCAUGUGACUUUCGAAGACAGUGUUGACCUUAGUCGCGGUAUCCAAAAAUAUGCCACAAGACUUCAACUUUAA